AUGGCCCCAGUCGACCCCGGCUCCCUCGUCCUCGUGACCGGUGGCAACGGCUUCAUCGCCGCCCACUGCAUCGCAGUCCUUCUACGGUCUGGCCACCGCGUCCGAGCUACAGUUCGAUCCGUUGAAAAAGCAGACGCAACGCGCAAAGCACUAGAAAAUGCCGGUGUCCAGAAUCUUGCGAGUCUUGAACUCGUAGUUGUUGAGGACCCAACUAACCUUGGAGCUUUGAGCCCCGUGGUUGAGGGUUGUCAGGCUGUGAUGCACUUGGCGUCGGCGUUCAAUUAUGAUGCUGCGCCUGGAGAAUUUGAAGAGAAACUCAUGAUUCCUGCUGUGAAGGGCACACGGGUUAUCUGUGAGGCUGCGCAGCAAUAUUCGUCGAUUCGACGCGUGGUCAUCAUGUCCAGUUUUGCUAGUGUGUACGAUGCUGGUCUGGGACUCCAGCCUGGUCGCGUCUACACUGAGGAGGAUUGGGCACCGUUGACAUAUGAAGACGGAGUGAAUGCAUCGGCAGUGCCGGUCGCAUACCGUGCUUCAAAGGUCGUCGCUGAACGCACUGCGUGGGACUAUGUUCGAGAUCAUCAAGUGCAGUAUCAAUUGGUGACAUUGUGCCCUGGAAUGGUAUUUGGAAGAAUGAUUCACCCAAUCUCUUCGUUGUCACAACUCAAUGCGAGCAAUCAGAUUGUCUGGGGUGUGUUAAACGCAGGACGAGAUGGCGAGAUCCCUCUGACAAAGGCGCCCGUUUGGAUUGACGUUGAAGAUCUCGCCGAGACAAGCCUCAAAGCGUUGACCUUUCCCGAGACAAACCAUGAGCGUUUCCUGGUGACACAGGGAUCUUAUGACACACAGGAGGUUGCAGAUAUUAUGAGACGAAGAUUACCAGAAAGGCAUAGAGCACCAUUGGGUGAGCCUGGCAAGCGCCUUGCUGCCACUCAUUAUUCUUGUGAUUCAUCCAAAGCGCAGCGGGUGCUCGGGGUUAAGUUUCGGGGAUUGGAGGAGUCGAUUGUGCCACUGGCAGAGCAGCUGUAUGGCAUGGAGACACCCUAG